GUCAUAAUCAGUACCAGAACUCCGACCGACGCACACCAUGGACGUCCUGCUUGUGUUUGCUGUGCUGACAUCCCUGUCCUCAGUGUCCACACUCAACAGUCUCAUGAAGACAUCAGAUGGCAAGGUGGACCUCGACAGCGUCGUGACGCACGUGCUGCUUCUUGAGAAGACAGUGUCCAGCCUCACAACGUCUCUUGCGCGGGCGUUAUCUAGUCAAACAUGGAUCCUAAAGCAGACAGUGUCCAACAACACCCACUGCGGGAAAUCAGAUUUGGAUUCACUGACGUCGAAGGUUUACAAUUUGAAUGUCUCAAUUAUCAGCGCAAAAUCUGAACUAUCGUCCGCCUUAGAACAACUACGAAAACCACGCAAUUUGUUUGUGUCUUACCAAGUGAAAGAAAAGGCAGAAACAAUCACUGUUCAGAACAAGGAGAUUCUCAAAUUUAACACAAUCACCGAAAACAAAGGACGAGGGUACCAUGCUGCUAGUGGUAUAUUUGAAGCUCCCGUGUCGGGCACCUACCUUUUCUGGGCCACCAUCAAAAGCGGCGACAGUGGGACUCUCUUUAUUAAUUUGAUCAAAGAAGGCGUUACCCUUUACACUGGAUACAGUUCAAGACAACUCAGCUAUGGCGUUGCAACCCUUAUCUACGUGGUCUCAGUAAACAAAGGGGAGAAGGUCUGGUUUACAAAACCAGGUGAAACAUUGAAAAUCUGGGGUCUGUUCCAAUCUAGUUAUGGUGGUGUUCUCCUUCACGCAAGUUAAACUCCGACAUGCAUGAAUAAACACGUUCACAGUGUUGCAUGAAGUUAGAUGAAGUAUCGGUAAGUGGUAUGAGUUUUACGCCAUUAAAAUAAUAAAAGCAAGUUAAAAUGUU